AGUUCGAAAACAUUUCGAAACAUCAAAUUUUUUCCACUGUGACGCCGAAGACAGAUUUUAUUAAUCACGAAUAAAAAUACAUAUAAUUAAGAACACAUCGAUUUAUACUUAAGUGAAAAUUGAAAAGAAGUGAAACAAAACCAAAUCAAAAUGGCAAAUCAAUACGAAUAUGGUGCCCCACCACCAAAUUAUGGCAGCCAAGGUGAUUAUGGCAAAAGUAAUUCGGACUAUUCUUCUGGAGGUGGGAGCAAUUUUAGCCGCGGCGGUGGAAAUAAUUUUAAUAAAAGCGGAAAUUGCGGCGGCAACAAAGGUGGUUUUAAAGGUGGAGAUGUAGUAACACAAGACGACACAAUUUUCGUUAGUGGAAUGGCUCUUGAAGUGACUGAAAAUGAGAUUAAUGAUCACUUCGGUUCAAUUGGAAUCAUCAAAAAGGAUCGAAGAACACAGAAACCCAAAAUUUGGAUAUAUCGUAACAAAGAAACUGGCACCGGCAAAGGUGAAUGUACUAUAACUUAUGAUGAUCCUUCAGCUGCAUCUUCUGCCAUUGAUUGGUUCGAUGGAAAAGACUUUAAUGGCAAUAAGAUUAAAGUAUCUUUGGCUCAACGUAAUAAUUCCUGGCAACAGAAAGGAGGAAAACGAGGAGGUUUUGGUGGUGGUGGUGGUGGAAGCCGUGGCGGAUAUGGAGGAGGAAAUGAUGAUCGUCCACCACGUAAUAACGAUGAUCGAGGGUCACGCAGUUUCGGUGGUUCCGGUGGUGGAUCUGGUGGAGGUGGCCAAUCCCGCGAUGGCGAUUGGGUUUGCUCAGCAUGUCAAAAUAAAAAUUUCGCAUGGAGAAAUGAAUGCAAUCGUUGCAAGGAACCAAAAAGUGAUGAUGGAGGAAGUUCAUCUGGAAAUCGAGGCUCAUCACAACGCGGUGGAUUUCAAAAUCGCGAUAAUCGCGGAGGUGGUGGUGGUUUCAAUCGAGGUGGAAGUGGAGGAGGGUUCAACAGAGGAGGCCCAAUGCGUGGUCCGGGAGGAAACGAUCGUUCUGGCGCCGGCGGUGGUGGUUAUCGUCAACGACCGUAUUAAACUUAAGAGUAUUAAAAUAACAAAUUCACUCUUUCUAUUAACAUUAAUAAUUAUCUUCGAAUUUCAAUUUAACUUUUCAAGUUCACAUAGUCUUGUGAAAGAUAAAGAAAUAUUGAAGUUUUUCUGUUUGCAUUUAAAAUUUUAUAUUAAACAUGCAAAUUCUUUUUUUUCAAUUUUCUUCAAAGUUAUGGAAAAUAAAGAAAAGAAAAAAAUCGUAGAAAAUUAAUUUAAAUAUUGAAAUUUA